UUGACAACCCUGAAAUAGGUGUACAAAGAGCUGGACGAGAUGGCGGCCCAGACACCAGUGCCUGGCUGUAUACGACAUCAAGGGAUAGGGUUUGUUUAUGUCUGUAAAUCGUGCGAAGACCAGUUACUUUGUAUGGAGUGUGUUACAGACAGUCACAACGGCCACACGCUGGGUAAACUUACUGAUUACGUGGCGGGUCAGAAACGGGAAAUACAGCAGUAUGCCGACAAACUCUCCAAAACCGAUAUUCCCAAAACAGAGGGAGAUAUUAAGGAAAGUGGACAGCAUGCCAAGAGUGGUCGAUAUCAGAAAAUGAUUGAGGGAAUCAGACGUCAGGGAAAACAGAUGAAAGAUGACAUCGACAACGCUAUUGACAUGCUUGUGAGGAUGUGUACCGAGUUAGAGGAGCGCAAUGCAGAUAUUUCUGAGAAAAACAAAACUGCAUUUACUAAAUACCUAAGGGAGGACUUGAAACCAAAGCUUGACAGGUGCAAAGAAGUACUGACAUCCGGUACAACUGUUGACGUCACUACAUUAGCGCGCGAGAUUAGAAACGGUGUAGCCACUGCCCCACCAUCUCUCAGUGAUUUGCAGAAAGUUGAAUUCAAACCCGGGACAAUAUCCACCGAACUCUUAGAACGCAUGCUUGGUAAGCUACUUGUCGAUGGAGUAGAUGAGUCGUACAAACCGAUUCCUAAAUGUGUGGUUUUGUACAAGUUUAAGGCGCCGUUUUCAUACGAUACAUGUCAAACAUGUCUUACCGGUGACGAGGAAUGGUUAUCGUCCUUGGACAGUGAAACCAUAUAUCGAGUAGAUUUGAAAGGCAAAGUCAAUGAGAUGAUAGAGUGUCAGGUCAAAGUCGAAUCGAUCUCCGUAUCUCCGACCACGGGGAGAGUGUGGUUUUGUGUGAGGAGUGACAGAAGUAUCCGAGAAAUCAUGACGGGUGGUGACAGUGUUACACGCUUUAACGUUAACAACAUGCCAAUUUCUUUGUGUAUCACUAGUGACGACAUGGUAGUGGUGGGGAUGACGGGAGGAAUACAACUGUACACUACAGACGGACGGGCGGUGUCGGCAGGAGCGGGUGGUCCGUGUAGACAGGUGGCAGUAACUCCUCAUCACAUGACGUCAUGUACACUUACCGGGGAUGUAGCUGCUGUUGAUGGUGAUGGUGUAUUGUUUGAUAACUACAUGGCUGGUAAGGAACCAGGCAAGCAACCGUCCGUCAUCGUCAUGGAUAAACACCUAAACCUGAAGUUUUACUGUAAAGACAUCGGUACGAGCAAAACACACGUGAGUGACAUUCAAUCAUCAAAGUCUCACCCGUACGAUGUUUGUUUUGAUGGAGCUGGUGAUGUCCUUGUAACGGAAUGGGUCACCAAGUCAGUACUACUUAUUGACAGGAAUACUGGACACUACAUGAGGACUGUUUAUACAUCUGAUGGACGUGAACCUUCUUGUAUCAGUCUACGCAAUGACGGAAUACUAUGGGUUGGACACAGGGACGGAAAAACAAUAAAGGUCAUCGAAUACAGGUAGACGUUUGGGAACAAAUACAUACUACAUACAGAUACACUUACUCCAUUGCCUUUUACGUGACAAUAAACACUGAUGAUAUUCAGCCAUUGGUAUCGUCAGAAAAGUGAUUACCUAGGAAGUCAUAUAAAGAAAUCAUGGUUAGGUUUAAGAUAAUUAAGUAUAGUGUUUUGUGACAUCUAUUACAUGUCUAAUAGAACACAGUGAUUUGUGUAUUAUGUGACCAUUGAGCGUUACGAGGAUAUUUGAAAAUAAUUUAUCUGGACAAACGGAAAGUUUACUUUUACUCUCUCCUCCGUCACAAGGGAUAGAAAUUAUUUUGAAAAGGGACCUUGCGCUUACAAACUGGAUAAACCGGAAGUUCACUUUGAUACUCUCUUCCAUACAAAGCCAUUAAUAUUCUCUUUAAAAAGGAUUUGGCGCUUAGGCAAGAUCUUGUAUAGGUUCCUAUCUACACGUAUGUCUAUAUAUCAGGAUAUUGACCACAGCAAUAAUUUGAAAUUUUAAUUAUUUUUUUUCUGUUAGAAAAAAAGGCAUUGUCUCCUAUCUGUGGUGAUUCUUGCACUUGUUCAUCUAUACAAUGUUGUAAUUUUUAGAAUUUACAAUAUUUGUUUCUGUUUUGUUUUUUCAAUUUGUGAUAUGUUUAAUGAUGAUUCUACAUUAUUGUAUUUCUUUCAUGACAAAGAAAUGAACAAUUGUAUGAGUUGCAAAAUUUAAUAAAAUGGGGAAAAUCUUCAGUCUCUCGGUUCAUCAAUGAUCCCAUCAAUAUUUGAUUGUUAAUUUUGUUAUAUCAUGUUUGAAUUCCUUAUCAAAAUGUUAUUUUACAUGAUUUUGAAAUUAUGACUUAUUUAUUAAACUAAACCUAAUUUCCUACAGUAGUAUUUACUAAAGACUAAGACGUUUUGUUCAUGGCUUUUAGCCAAAUCCGAUAAACGUAUCUAGUGAUUUAUGUUUUAUCUGACAUCAGUGUUAAUGCUCGAUUACAUUUAAAUAGUUGUGAUUUAAAAUCAAGUCAAUUCUACAGAAUGUUACCAUGAUGAUGUUAAAAUUGUACUUUUGGUUUGUCAGUCAGUCUCUGAGACCACUAGACGGUCAAGGUCAUUUACUCAUUGCCAAGGUCAUAGCUACAGUCUUUUUACUAUAUAUUGUCCAGUGUUACAUUUCUUUAAAAUAUAAUAUGAUCCUAACAAAAAAUACAAACAUGUACAUCCCUUUCACGUGCUAUAUAGUUACCUAUUAUCAUGCCAUUUGCUCUUUGUGAGCUGCUUUGAAAUAAACAAGUAAUUUUACUGUGCGUCGGAAAUUCGUUUGUACAGACAUUAUUUUAAUAUUCCUAUGUAUCAAGAUAUGUUAUGUAGGUACAUGUUGUACUUUUUAGUCCCCCAACGGUUCCCAGGGGGACUAUAGGUUUGCACUCAAUCAAUUCUUCCGUCCGCGAAGUUUGUCCGGGACAUAUCUUCUAUACUAUUUCACCUGGGGUAGCCAGAUGUGGUGUACAAGGACAUAUUUGCAUGACGAAAUGCAGUGUGCAAGAAUUAGGUAAUUGUGGCCAAUGACUUGAUCUUUACUUUUUAAAUGUUGAUCAGGGGUAUAUCUUCUAUACUAUUUCACCAGGAGUAAGCAGAUUUGAUGUACAAGAAUUUAGAGAGAUGUCGGA